CUACUACCAGAAAGCAAUAUUCGCAUCGAGUAUCAUUAUACCGAUCGCCUGGUACUCAAUGGUCACAGGCCAGGCCAUUGUACUCUGGUCACGAUUGCACCUAGUUGUUCACAGCCAACGGAAGAUCCGCUGGAUAUUAACAAUGAUCAUUUUCAACGCCGUCACGAUGCAUAUCCCGGAGACGGUGAUCUUCUUUCUCGCCAACACCAGCCGCAAGCAAUACGUAAUGCCGUUCAAGAUUUACGAAAAGGUCGAGCUAGUCGUCUUCACCAUUCAGGAGAACAUAAUCGCAUCGGUCUUUCUAUACGAAGGCUACAAGAGUCUCAAGCCGUUGAGCGCAAUCAAACCCAAGGCUGUUACGAGCAUGGUUCGGCACUUGGCUUCACUGUUCGCUGUUGUCUUCAUACUAGACACAGGUUUGAUUGUCCUGGAAUACAGCGACAAAUUCGAGAUUCAGACAAUGUGCAAACCGUUCGUUUACAGCGUCAAGCUCAAAGUCGAAUUCGUCGUCCUCAACAAGCUGUUGGCGUUCACUCGAAUGAGUGCUUGCGACUGUCGAGGCCCCGAGAGCAUACCGUCUGCCACGUUGGCCGACAGCAACAAUCGCACAAAUGUUGGAAAUAACGGGGUGAUGCUAGUGCUUCCGGCCAUCGAGCAGACGAAUGGAUCGCUUUCUCCGCUGCGGCAGACAGCGAGGAAGGACUAUAUCUUUGAUGGACGCACGUCUCCGAUGAGCACAAGAAGCAGAAGGCGGACGAGGGAGGGCAGUUUGGACAUCAGCCCAGAAGAAGACAAAGCGACAGUACCAAUACGUGAGAAACCGUUGGUGACGGACGAUGGCUAGUCCUAGCAGAAAAGGAACGGAAAACUGAAGAUUACUACUCACC